GCGCGCCGCUGGAUUGCGUCUCUUCGUUCUCAGUGCAUGGACGGGAGGCGAUAGAGGAGAACGGAGCGUGUAAGUCACCGGCGGAUGUGUCCGCCUGUGUAGACGGGGCCACUAUACACUAUAUAUACGGUGUUGCUGCGUGGAGACCUCUCAGAAUACUACUCCAAGAUGGUUGUAAACCUCUGCCUUCCUCAGUUCAAGCCACGGGUCAUUUGCAGCAAGAUAAGUGCUGAUGGCUACGAAGUGGAGAAUCUGGUCUCCGAAGACCUCGCUAAAAGGAAUCGUGGUUUUCGCUGUGAAUAUUUCCUUAAGCCUCCUAUACACCUCACCUUCUCGUUUCCAUUUAAUAUAGAUAUAUGUAGGAUUAAUAUAGACACCUCCUCAGGGGGGCACCAGCACUUUUCAGGAAUGGACAUUUACACAGCUACCUCCACCAACAAACCGUCUUGGAGUAACCAUGAGCCAGCUUCAGUUGGCCAGGCACUGGAGAAAGAAGUCUUUGCUUUGGUGGGGAAAGUUGUGCUGAAGAAUCAAAGUAAGGCGACGUUCAACAACAGAGGCUUCAAACCGAGACACCCAUUCCAUCAGACCGAUAACGUGAUGUCCUACCAUGGGUCGUCUUGCCAAGAUCUGUGGAAUAAGGGCCAGAACUCUCUAAGUAACGUCACCCACCUGAAGCUCUGUAUAACGCAUGUAGCGGGGGGUACGCCUUGUAGUAUAAAGAGGGUGGAAGUGUGGGGGCAGCCUGCGAAGACUUGCCCAAAGGAAGUGGUGGAGAACGUUUACCAGAUCGCUUGUUUAAGUCUUCCCCAGGGCUUUGGGCAGCAGCGUCCCUCAUCACCUAUGGAAAGUAACCACAUGUCUUAUAAUAACUCAGAAAAUACACAGCACAGCCUGAGUGAGCUCGCUGUUCUCCUCCAAGAUGUCCCCGAGGAGUUUCUGGACCCAAUUACACUGGAGAUCAUGACUUUCCCCAUAGUCCUUCCAUCGGGGAAAGUCAUUGACCAAAACACACUUGAUAAAUGCAACCAAAGCGAAGCGUCGUGGGGCAGGAUGCCAAGCGACCCGUUUACGGGCGUUCCUUACACGCCACACUCUCAGCCUCUCCCCCAUCCUCCACUCAAGGCUAGGAUAGACUACUUCCUCUUACAGCACAAUAUUCCUGGCUCCAACCUCCUGGGAAGAGCACGAGUUGGUGGCCCCCUGACCCCUUCUGUCAUAGCGCUGUCCUCCAUGAAGAGGAAGGUGGAAUGGAUGGAGGAUUCGGCCAAUGACGGCGAUAACGUAGACACCUACUUUUCAGCGUUGAGUGGCCUCUCGUCUACCUCAGAGCUCGGAACGAAGAAGAUGAAAACGGAGAAUGACAGUCAAACGUCACAGAUGGAUUGCUCAAAUUCAGAGUCAAUGUCCCAUGAGCAGAGACUGACACAGAGUCUGGACCAGGCUCUCACCACAGCCCUGGGCUCCAUGCCAUCGUACACAGCAAAGUUCAUGAAAAGUCAACAGCAAGGAUUUCACAUGGAGAAUGCCGGGAGCCCACCCUGGACCACAGCCUCGUCUUUUACUGAGCAUGCGAGGAGCGGCGCGCUUCAAGGCUGCACAUCGUGUUUGAGGACAUUUUCAGCUUACUGUAAAACUGAACCCAUUUACCAGCUUUCGUGCGGCCACCUUAUGUGUCGCCCCUGCCUGGCUGAAACCCAAAAGUCGCUGUCGGUGGUCUGCAAGAAUUGCAAUCGGACCGUCGCCACCCGAGAUGUGCUGAGGGUCCACCUGUAGACCAGAGAAGCCAAUCACGUCCAGCUUCCUUCCGGGAUAUAACGCUUAAACGGGACACAACCUUUGCUGCUAAUCUCUCCAGAAUUGUGCGUAUUUAUUUAGAAAGGUCACAUUAGGAGCUAUAACCGGCGCCCUAGGCUUUGGCGUCUCUGCUCACUCAUAGUUGUGCUGGUGAACCCCCCCCCCCCCCCUUAAAAAAAAAAAAAAAAAAGUCCUAGAUUUUGUGUUUACAAUGGGCUCCCAUACUGUGCUAUGUGAAUAACAUGGACGCCUGAUGGAGGCUGAUUUGGAAAUAAGUGCAAUUGUGUAUCGUGAUCCUCGUGCUUUCCUUCCUCGGUGCCUGAUACGUUCCCCACGUGGUUUUCGUAAGUACAGGCCUCGUAAACACUAUGUUAUGCCCUGCUGGUCACCCGAGCAUUUCGGUAGUAAUAGAACGGCCGUACUUGGGCACGGUUUGUGAACAGACCGCCCUCGUCUUCCUUUAGUUGUCUAAUGUGGAUAUGAAAUAAAUGCCGAAUGUGUUCGAGUUCAAGGAAUCGAGGGCUGGAGUUGCCAGUGUCCCAUACAUAUAGCCUUGAUCUAUGUGUACACCUGCUGCGCAAGCUUCCUGUCACAUGAUUUGAGUGCAGUUUGCAAUAUGGCCGCCUCCAUUCAAUAAUUAAACAUCUCAGGAACUUGCUGGAGAUUUGAGGUCCAAGUCCCGGGUCAUUAUAUGCUUUCAGUUUUUUUGCCAAAACUGAUCAAUCCUAGCCCCUGUCUAAAUAUGUUCACUUACUAUUACUGGGGUCAGGCAUGGAUUCCAGGGGUCUCCCAUUGAGUUUGUCAGAGGGUGCACGGAUUUUGGUCCCUCUUGUGAUUGGCUCAUUGAUUGUAACUUUGAGAAGGAGGAAGCAAGGUAUUCGCAGGCAUCAAAUAUAUGAAAUAGGUUUUCAGGGACUACAGUAUUGAUGGACUAUUCUAGGGAUUGGUCUUCGAAGUCAGAUCGUGGGGGUUUGACUUGGGGCACCUUGCCGUCUCUGUUGAUAUAGUGACUAAAGGGUCCUGGCUUUGGCUGGAGUGAUGCGUCCCAUUCCUUGUCUUAUCUGUACAGCACCAUACUUUCGGUAGUGGCUGUACCUGGUAUUGCCGCUCAUUCCCAUUCUAGUGAGCCAGUACUAAAAGUGCAGAGCGCACCGGCCCCUUCGUCCAGCAGACCGGUCAGGGUGCCGGCCAUCAGUAUUAUAGUCAAUGGAAACCACCACUGCACUUCUAUGUGGUCUUGUGCUGGGAAGUCAAAUGUGAAAACUCAUCUCACACAUCGUCACCAUGUCCUUGUAAAGUAAGGCUUCAACGCUCCAAUAGACCUUAACUGUUCUCUCCAUCGCUUUUCUAUUGCCAGCAUAUAUGUCCAUCAACCCUGCAUGUUGGGCUGCAGUAAACGAUUAUUUCAGUAAUCGAGUAUUCUAUCGAUUUAUUUAUUACGAUUAAUCUAAUAAGAAAAAAAGGAAUUCGAUUGUUUUCCUUUAUAAAAACU